UAAAGAUGUAAAUACAAUGAUCCCAUUCUAUUUUUUCGACAUACCAUUUGAUAAGAAAAUAUCAUUAGGAUAUGCUUGGCGGAUGAAUGCUACUGGAACUGGGGCUGCAUCGACCGAGUUUGCUUAUGGAGCUGGCCAUAUCGACCCAGUAGCCGCUCUAAAUCCUGGACUUGUCUAUGAGUUGGACAAAACAGACCACAUCGCCUUUCUCUGCGGCUUAAACUACACUUCGAAAGCCCUAAAACUAAUUUCAGGUGAAGCCGUCACUUGCAGUGGAAAAACCUUACCAAGAAACCUCAACUAUCCUUCGAUGUCAGCUAAACUUUCGGGAUCUAAUAGCUCCUUCACCGUGACUUUCAAAAGAACCGUCACCAACCUCGGUACCGCCAACUCUACAUACAAAUCAAAGAUUGUCUUAAAUCAUGGAUCUAAGCUCAAUGUCAAGGUUUCGCCUAGUGUCCUUUCUAUGAAGUCGGUGAAGGAGAAACAGUCUUUCACAGUGACUGUUUCGGGCAGCAAUCUCGACCCAGAACUGCCUUCGUCUGCAAAUCUAAUAUGGUCUGAUGGAACACAUAACGUGAGAAGCCCUAUUGUCGUGUACAGUGAUAGUUACUGAUGAGGCAUUAUCAGUUCACCAUAUAGUCAUCAAUCAUAUCAUAAUAUUUUGCUAUUCAUAUAUUUCUUCAAAAAAAAUGUUUACUCCAUAUCUGUUUUCUGAUUAUGUCAUUAUAUAAUGCAAAAUAAAAAUAAAGUCCUUAA